CCCUUGGCUAAAUCAAUAAGUUGUUAGUUGCUAGGUUAGCCAUUUUGAAUAAACAGUUUCAUAGUGGCGCCUAGAGACAAGAAGGGGGCAAUACGUUUUGCAAGGAAGCUCGGGCAAGCGAAGUGUGUUUGAGUACUAAAUUGUUUAAAUUGCCCAAUAGUUCUUACUUAAUCAUGGGUAAACGAUGUGUAUGUGAAAUAUGCACUUGUGGGUAAGUACAUUUUUAAUAAUAAAUUAAAUAUUAAGAUCAAGUUUGAUUAUUUUCAAGUUUUUUAAAGUAAAUAAAGUAAAUUAAAGUUAAAGUAAGUAUUUUUGCUUACUUAAAGUAGUUAAAUUAAAUGGGUUUGCUUGCUCAUAUUAGCUGAGGCAGUGAGACUUUCUGAAAUCUUAUUCUUUGUUCUUACCGUCUGAUGCCUUUAACUUAAACCAAGUUUCUGUAAGGGCCCUAUGCUGGCCUUACUUAAAUUAUAAUCAUUUAAUCAAUGACUACUACGGUCUACUAGGACUAGGAUACUUGAUUAUUGCCACUGAAAUUUAAAUAUAGGCUUAUUAGUUUUUAUUUUACCAUUUACACUCUUAUUUAACCACCUUGAAUCUUUGAUUUUGACAAUGAUAAUAAUAAUGGAUCUCAAUUAAAUUUUAAAAUUUUAAAUUUAAAGUGUAAUUUUGCUAAAUAUUUUUUUAAGUUUAUUAUUUACAUGCCAUGCCUAUUCAUAUUUAAGUAGAGUUUCUAUUUUAAAAAAUACUGUGCCAGGAACUGUGGGGAUAUGACAAUUUUUUUCUAAGUUUUGUGGUAAUUUUCUGAAAUAAUCCAGGGAUUUCAAGCCGCUUGUUAGCAACUGGGCUUCUCAGUGACAUAGAGCACAUAUUUUUGCAUUUGUAUUAAUCAAACACAAAACAAUCCACAGUGGUCUGUUGAAAAUUUUUCUUUACGUGGUUCCUGGUUUCAAAUAGUCAGUAACUAUGACUAAGCUAUUAAAAAUUUUUAAAAAGCAAAUUUAACUGGAAACUCAAGGUAAACGAAGUGUUAAAAAAAAUUAUAUAGGCAAAAAAAUGUUUAACAUCUAAUAAUAAAAUAAGACAUUUUUAACACAAAUAUUUGUAAAGCUUUAAGAAAAACUGUUCUAGGGUUUUUCAUUUAAUGCUGGAUGACUGGAUGGACAUACAGCCUGACAAAUCUCAUUAAGAUAUUUAUAAAACAUCAUGUGGCUAAAAGCUGUUAGUUCAUUCUAAGUUAAUGUGAGCCAGCAUAGUGUGUCUUAACCUACACAAAAACAUGUUUAAAACUGUAUUGUAGGAACCAUUUUACAAACCAAUUGCAACUGCUAUCUGCUAUAUAUUUGCGGAAACACAUUGUUAGGAGCUAUGUUUUAUGAAGACGUUGUCUAAAUAUAGUAGCAUUAUGUAAAGCGAUGGGACGUUUUGCAGUCUUAGAAAUGGUAAACCCUAUUGGAAAAGAAAUCCAAGCAUAAUUUCAAGCUUUGUAAAUCAUUAUGUUACCCUUUAUGAUGCCAAAAAUGUUUUAUGAUUAGAAAAAUAAUGUGUAAUUUGAAUUAUUCAUCACUUUAGUCUUGCUGACACUAAACCUGAAAAUUUGAACAUUUAAAUAUCAAAUUCAAAUUUUUCUUGUCAUCCAAGAAAACGAGCAUUAAUACCAAUUAUCCCAUCUUUGUAUUAGUCUAGUCACAGAGAGUUCCUAUAAGUAUACAAACAAAAUUAUAAAAAGAAAAUUUUAGAUGCUAUCUAACAAUAACUCUUUCAUUAAAAAAAUACAUAAAGUUCUAUUAAAAGUAAAUAAAAUUAUUAUAGGCCUACUUCUUGAUUUUCUUAUUUCAUGUUAGUAACCAAAAGUAAAAAGAUAUGUUUUCUUGUAUAGUAUGGGCAAUUUAGACUAUACAAAUGUUCCUUGAGAUUUUUACAAAUGUUACAAGUGGAUUAGCAAAUUUAAUUUGAAAAAAAAAUAUUUUUUCCAUCAUGUUAAUCUUUGAGAUUACUAAAAAAAAUAAUAUAAUUACUAUCUGGAGAAGAUAAGAAAAUUAAAAAAUCAAAAUUUUAAAAUGCAACCAUUUAUCAUAUUAAAUGUACUGAAAUCAAACAAAAUGCAAUGUGGGGUGGCUAUUUAAUUAUUUAAAAAAAAACUUAUGAUUGUUAACAUUCAGUGUUUUUAACUUUAUUUUAAUGUCUACCAAGAAUUAGAUAUUGCUAAUAAUGAAAAUUUAUUUAGAAACAACGUACACAAUUUUAUGCAAAAAGAUUAAAUGUGACUAAAAUGUAUUCAAAGUUAUACUCAGUUUCUUUUGAGUAAGAUUUCAACUGUGAAUUAAAUUUUUUAUUGACAUUAACUCUCUGCAGUCCGACUAUAGAGAAAUGGUACAUAUAAGUACCAUAGAUUUUGUGGGUGGGUUAUUUAUUUUUUAACUUUUUUUUUUAUUGAAAAAAAUUAUUAAUUAUAUUUUAAUAAUUUGUUUCAUUGGCUUAAGUAUUUGUAAAAAAAUUAAAAUUAUUACAAAAUUUGAAAUUACUAUUUAAAAAAAAUAUUUUUGGAAAUUUAUUCAGCGCGGAGUAUCCCUUGAAAGCUUCGCAGAUUUCCAAAAAAACAAAAAAUAUAAGUCUCACAAAAAAAAUUAAAUAGUAGUAUGAAUAUUGUCAAAUGAUUUUAAUUUCCCGAUUUAUCAAGGAGUUAUUUGUUUGUCUAAAGCAAUGUAUCCAAAUGGAGACUCUAAUCAUGAAAUUUAUCACGAUUUGCAUAUAAAAGUACCGACUAAUGCUAUCGUAAACAAGUAAGCUUAAUUUUAAUUAUCAUUUCCCGACUUUAAAAUUAAUAAUAAAACAAUAAAGUGAUAUUUUUAUAAUUUUAAUUGGCUGAAGUAUAUAUUAUCCAUUUAUACUUACAUUGAUGUAUUCUAUUUGAAUUUUAUUGAGUUUCAAUAAUUAUAUAAUAAAUAAAUAGCGUCGCUAUGCGAAAUAAAUAUUUUAAAAAAAUAGCGGAAAAUUUCGGUCGAUUGGAACUUGCGUAAUUAAAUAAAUUUAAAGUUAAGGACUUCUGAGUUAUUAACUAAAUAUAUUUCUUUAAAAUAUGUUACAGCCAAGAAUAAUCUUCUAAAUUUUCUAAUAUUGCAUAGUAGAAAUGUGUUUAAAUUUAAUUAUCAUUAUCGCUAGUCACUAGUAUUAGUAGAGACUACUGUCGGCAGAAUAAAAAAAAAAACAUUUAUGUUUUUAUUAAAAGCUCUCUAACUCUAUUGGGAAGGAGGAGAGAGAGACAAAAAUGCAGAUAUUGGAUCAAGAAGCCCUUAUUCCUUAUUGAUCCUAAAUAUUAAGCCUGGACUCCACCCUUUUACUGAGUUACAGAGUUACUGGAUGAAUAUCUUUGAAGAUUUUACCCUAAAAACAAGUGGUGGUAAGUUUUAAUCUAAUCACUUGGUAGCAAAAUGCAUAAAGAAUAAACUCACAAUAUUGUUAUAACAUAUGUUAUAAUGUAUUUUCUAUGUACAAUGGUUUACUUUUAUACUAAUUUAGGCACUUGGACUAGGAUUAAUGGUAUUUUCCCUUACUGAUAGCAUACCAUUACUGAUACCAUUAGUGUUAAUUUAUUUAUGAAUCAAUCAAAUUUUUUUUUUCCACAGGUUCUUUAUUGAGUGAAUAUUCUGUGGUGAAAAAUCUUACCUAAUCUUAUGUAGAAAUCAAGUCCAGGACAAGCUUUUAUUUAUCAAAUAUAAUUAUUAUAAUAAAACUGCAGACUGUUUUAAGAAAUAAUAUUUGUUCAGAGUCCAUAAAUAUAAUUAAGGAAUAAUGUAGUUUAUCAGCCUGUGUUAUGUGAGGAUUAUAACAAAGAUAUAUAAAAAUGCCGGUACAUGGGAAAAAAUAGAUCACAUUAGUGAGGAAUGGAUCGUAUUUGACAUGUAUAUCAAAAUUAGCAUUAUUGUACUGAUACAUUUUAAUUUUUUUUAACUUUAACAUCAGCGAAUACCGCUAUUUUAAAAUUAAAAAAAAAAAAAUUGACUCUUGUUUUGAGUUAUUUAUAUAUUCAUCAAAUUUUACUUAGUCAUCUUUUACUCAAGAAUUAUUAAGAAAUAUAUUUAAUAUACAAAUCUAUAAGCUAUGAGACCCAUUUUUUAAAAUAUAUUACAUACAAAACAUAAUUUUCAUUAAAAGAAAAAUUAUAGUGCAUUUUUUAGGAAAAAAAGACAAAAUAUAGGUUUUGCUAAAAUGUUGACAACUUUUUGAUUGUUCAAAGAAUUUUUGUCAUGUUUGACUAUGAAUUGUAUAAGUUGAUGAAGUAUUUUAUUUAAAUAAAUUUUAAAUCUUUUAUAACAAGGAUUUUUUUUUUCCUUCAUACUGUGUAAAGAUUUGGUCAAAUUUUUGCAUAAAAUGAAAAAAAAUAAUUCUCCAAUAAUGUUUCAAUUAUUUUUAUAACUAAGAAAAUAAAAUAUACAAAAAAUAUCUUAUGAUAGCCGAGUCAAAGAUGAACAAGUUAAUAUAUUUAACUGAUCAGAUCAGAGCUAUUUCAGAUCAGUUAAUUAAUUAUUUUAAAAAAUCACAUUAAGAUUUUUAAGAAAUGUGAAAAAAACGUCAGACUGCAGAGAGUUAACCAAUCUCAUUGCUCUGCUAAAGACCUACUAAUAAUAAAUAGUAAAAUUAAAACAUUUUUUCUUUGCAAAAAUUAAAAAUGGUUGUUACAAAAUUCUGUACUAAAUUAAUAUAAAAUGAAAUUAAAGACAAAACUAGAUAUUUAAUUAAAAUCAUAGCUUAGCUGUUAAAAAAUAGAAGACACAUUACUCCUUCUUCUAUAUUUUGAGGGCCCACGAUCAAUGCAUUAAUCAUUCUGGCACCUAGCUUUAUUGUUAAGUGUAUGGUAAUUAAAUUAAUCCAAAACAUUAAUGCUAAAAAAUCUAUUUAUCUAACCAUUUUUAUUAUUGUUAUCAAUGUUUAACUGUAAAAUUUCUUCAUACCAGACGCCAUCACUGCCCUCAUCGUCCAUGGCGUCCAGGAGGUGACUAUGGGGAAUGUUUAGUUACAUCCUACAAUACUGCCUAUAAGCCACAUCCACUUCAACCCCGGGAAAGCUGCAAACCAGAUCAAUCUGCUCUUCGCAGUGAAGAGCCACUUUCAGACAAAACAACAUUUCGGUGAGACAUUAGAAUGGAUAUCAUUUCAUUUUGGUUGAUGACAUGAAUUUCAUUUUUCAUAAUACAUAUGUAAAAGAUUUUUCAAAAUUUUAAUGCUAUCUUCAAAAUUGUGUUACAGUACUGAUUACAUCAAGCAUCCUCUCGAUAAGCCAUAUGCUCAUCAGCAUGAGCCAUAUAAGAGGCCUGAUGGGGAUCUAGACACUUUGACAUCAUACCAUAGAGACUAUACAGGUAUUUUUAACAUUUAAGUUUAUCAAUUUAUUAUCAUUUGAUUAUUUUUUUAAGAGCAUCAAUAAUUUUAUUAAUUUCAGUUAGCCUCUAUAUAAAGGUUAAUUAAAAAAAUUCUUCUUCAUGUAUUGUUGUUGAAUGUUUUGAAUAAAUUAUAUUUUUUAAUAAAUGAGUAGAUUUGUAAGGUUUUUUAAUUUAAUUAUGCCUUUUUGUUUUUAAUGUUAACAGAGAAACAUGCCCCUCCAGCUCAAAUGAUUAAGCAUGAAGGACAGAGGCAGACUCAAGCAAAGUUUGAGGGUGAACCCACUUAUAAAAGUAAGUCUCAAAGGCAUUUGACUUCAUAAAAUAUUCAAUAGAGUAAUGGAGCAAGUGCUAAAAGUUGGAUAUAAAAGGAAAAAUUAAAUCAUAACUUCAAAUCUAAAAAAAAAACACAAAUAUUUUGAAAUAUGUCUGCUUAAAGAGAGAUUUAAAAAUUGUAAAACAAUUAAAAUGUGUCUUAAAUAGAUAUAUUUUUAAUUAUUUAAGCGCAAAAAAUGCAAAUACAUAUUCUAAAAGAUCAUAUAAGUAAUUCUUUGUGGUGGCUGACAACCCCUUUGAAUUAUUUAGAAACUUAACAUUUUUCAUUACAUUUUUUACUUUUACAAUAUAACUGAUAUUUCACUUCUUGCCUAAAAUAUGUUAAUCGUAAUUUUAAACUAAUAAUACUAAUGCUACAUGCCACUUUCCGAAAUUCUCAUUUAGGUCAAUCUACUUAAAUGUUAGCUUAAUAAUUAAAGAAAUUUCUAAAAACUACUUUAGGGAGCAUGGAAGCUUAAUGACACACCAGUAAUAAUGUGAUCAUAUCAUUCAUGAAUAAAAUUGAAGCUCUCAAUCUGUUAUUGGCCACUGCUCCACAUCAAAAUAUUUUAGUUUCUUAAGAAGUUGUACUUAUUUAAACUUCAAUAUUGACUUUCUUAAAAUACUAGUUAUGUAACAGACCCAAAAACUCAACUCUCAUGUGAGUCAGAGUUUUACUGUAACUCAUUGGAAAUAAAAUGUUGACAUAAAAAGAGUUAAGAGAUGAAUUACCUUUGGUUUUCAAUGUAACUAAUUUGAUAAAUUGAGAAAAUCCAGGGGCAAAAAAAAUGCUUUAUAAAGUUUUUAUUCGCCUUUUAUUCUUUGUCUCGUAACUUUGAAGAAUAGAUUUUAACCAACUGAAUUUUUUUCUGCUAGUUGACUACAAGAAGUGGCCCAUUGAAAGACAUCAGCCAAAGGCACAGGAUGGCUGGGCUCCCCCUUCACAACCCUUUGAAGGACAGAGCACAUUCACUCGUGAUUAUCGUAAGUACAAUGAACCACCCCGCAAGAGCAUGAAACCAGCUGAAGCCAACCAGAUGUCUGAUGCACCUUUUGAUGGAAACACAGGAUAUCGUGAUGACUAUAUCCGUCAUCCACUACAACUUCGGGAAGCCAGAGAGAAGGAUCCCUAUAAAGCCCCUGCUGUACCAUUUGAUGGGAUGACUACUUUCAACAGAGAUUACACCAAAAAACAGGCCCUUAAAACGGAAUCAUGCAAGCCAAAUUCUGAAGCUUUCCAGUCAGAUGCACCUCUUGAUGACCUCACCACUUUUAAGAAUGAUUACAGGAAAUGGAAUGGAGAGAAACCAUACAUUCAUCAUCCUGAACAAUACAGGAAGCCAGAAGGAGAGAUGGAUCACAAUACCACUCACCGCAUUCAAUACAAAGCACACCCAUUGCAGAAGGUUGCUCUGAUGAAGCCAGGGGAAGGAAAUGUCAUGUCAAAAGGUGAGUUUAACGGACUUACUAACUACACGAGCGACUACAAGCCUUGGGGACUUCAGAGAGAGAUGCCUAAACCUAGGGAAAGCUGGGUACCUAGUAAUGUACCAUUUGAUGGCACGGCCACAUACAGAGCACAUUACAUUCCCCACUCCAUAGCACCAACGAAGAGCAUGAAACCAGAUGCAACGGCUUUGACAAGUGAUGCACCAUUUGAUGACACGACCAUGUAUCGUAGUGAGUAUGUCAGAAAACAUGCAGAGAUCUGUCCGGCUGCUAUACUUGAUGCUAAUACUUCCAGGUUCAAGUAUGUGGAGACAGAUCCCCAAGGACACAGGCAGUAUGUCCCACUUUAUGAGCAGACAACCCCACUCAGGAAUAGUGUAAACACCUUACCAAAAAUCCCAGCAGGUUUGGUUGCAGCUUAAUACUAGCUCUUAAAAAUUAAUUAGUAGUCAAUGUUUCAGAUUUGUAAAAUACUUUUUAAAUGCUACUUAAAGGAAUGAAUAAGCAUGAAAGCAAUUUCAAAGUAUGAAUAAUCAUUUAUAACUAAAACUUUACUACAUUUUCAACCACUUUACUACUGGUAUACAACAGUAGUUCAGUUGUCAUGGUAACAUCAAUCUUUUAUUCUAUAAAAAUAUUUUACUAUUAAGCUAGAAUCUACCUGAAUAUGCUAGGUUAUAACUUUUACUUUAAUAAAACCUGAAUACAUAUGGCAAAAAAAAAUUAUUUUGUUUACAAUUAUUUUAAUCAGUCUGAAUCUAAAGCAAUUAUUCUUAAUCUUUCAGUAGAUGGUUUGUUUCCUAGUGACUUCAAAAUUAAAUUACAUAAUAAUGUAAUGUUUAAAAUUAAAAAUGUUUAACUGUUACAUCUUAAAAUUUAGAAAACUACAGAUUACUAGCUUUUAAAUAUCAACAAAUUUUCUAUUCAAAAGAGAGUUAGUAAGUUUCUAAGUUGUUUGUAAUCUCCUGUCCUGGAGUAAGCAUCUGUGCAGUUUCAAUACUAUUAAAAUGAUGGAUAUUUAAUUAAUUAUCUAUGUUCCCCUGAAGUCUGAAGUUUGACUGGUGUAAAGCUCUUCAUGUGUUGUAAUCAUUUGUUUUAGAUAUAUAUUUGUGAAACCUGUUUUUUCUAUAGACAAUCAUGAAAUAAUUAUCUACACAUUUUAAUUACUUAGAGAUGGAAACAAAUAUGUUCUUAUCAUGAUAAGAUAAAUAUUAAUUAGUUCACUUUCAAGUGGCUACUAAUGUAAUAGUUAAAAAGACAAAAGGGCUGAAUGUAUGAGAUGAGUAUGUGGUAUUAUAAAUUUAUAUCAAGAAAGUAAAUUUAGAAACCAGAAAAUAAAAAAAAAUAUAUUGGGAAAUGUAAAUAAAGACAAAUUCAUUACAAAAUAAAAUAGUUUCCAUAAGUUAUCUGAAUUCAAAUUGUAUUUUCUAUAAAAUAUAUAGAAGAUCAAUAAAUAGAAACAAAAAUAAUUUGAGAGAGAAUGGGUUGAAUUUUUGUAUGUGGCUUUGUUCUAUGUUCCAAGAAAAACUCCCAGCUUUCACUGCUAUUUACUGCUGCAAACAUCAGUUAAACAGUUAAGUAAAACCUAUAAUAUAAAUUGCUAAUUUAAAUAUUUUGAUUGAAAGUUUAAAAUUGCACCAGUUUCAUGCAAGACUUCAGAUCAUUUUUUCUCUCAUUACAAUUAAUAAUUUGAUAUUUUAUAUGUUCCAUAUUUGAUAAUUACAUUAUAUGGAAAAUUUAGCAACCAAACAAAUUUACACUUUGUAAAACCAACUGUAUUAUAUCUCUAAACAGAACUGUAUCCAUAAAUUAUAAUUUUAAAAAUGUGUGUGCAAAUUUACAAUGCAUUAUUUAUAAUGCAUCUGUACAUGAAUAAGAACAUCUGUGAUAUGAAAAAUCUUUUAUCAUUGGUUGACUGUGAUAUUUACAUAAAAUAUGUUGAUUUUUUUUUUUUUCAUUGUCCAGCACUUUUUAAAAAUAAAGAGCUAAAUAUUGGAAAGUUUGAUACACAUUUGUGUGUCAUUAUGAGCCCACCAUCUGAUGACAAAAGAUAGUGUUAUUUUAAACAAGAUAAAGAAUGUAACCCCUGCAAAUUAGUUUUAACCAAAAAGAAACUAUUUUAAAUACAUCAUUACUAUAGUAUAUUUCAUUAUUUGGUAAAAUUUGUUGAUGAAUAAUAGAUCAUUUAAUUGUAUCUAGCUCCUUUUGUAAAAAUGUUGAAAAGUUAUAUGGAGUUUGACUAGGCAGGCCUACAUAUCUAUGUACCUUGAAUAGUUGAGGUUACAAGUCUAAACAUUCACUGAGCAAUGUUAGCUUAUAGUGUUCUUAAUUAUUUUCUUUUUAAAUGCUGGCCUCACUGCAUACAGAUAGGAAUCUCAGUUCCAGCUAAAUGUUUAUACAGCAAUAAUGUUGCAAAUUGUUCCCAUUGAACUCCAUGACAUUUCUUCCAGUCAUGUUUUAGCUGUAAAAAGAAUAUUAUCACAUACAUUGCUGGAGUUAAACCAAAAAAAACCUACAUCCAUUUGUUUUAUUUCAAUGAUAAAACGGUGAAACUGCUGAUUUGCUAUUAUUUUUAAAAUCAAAUUUCUCUCUAUUUUUUUAAUAUUUUUUUUUGGUGAGCCUCUUGAAUGAAUGACUGCCAUCAGAUGCCAUUUUGUAAUGUUAUAAAAUGUUUUAUAAUUAUAUACAGAUAUAGUCUACCUUACAAGAUUUAUUUUUAACUUUUAUUUAUAUAACUCUUUAAUUACCAUAAACUUAUCACACAUUUGUAAAUAAAUAACAGUCAUGUGCUGAACAAAGAGCUAAUAAAUGCUUGUCAUCUUCUCAUUUAAUAUUUCUUUUUUUCGUCUCACAUUUCAUCUCUUGAUUAUUUUUUUGUUCAUUUAUCAAAUUUUUGUUAUAUUUAGUUGGCUAAUACCUGUAUUUCUUUAAAUGUUUGAAAUAUUAGUUAUUUCAUUAAAUUCCUUAGAAAA